CAAGACCUGUGAAGAAGAAAGAGGCUGCAUCACCAUUGCUCCAAUCUCUCUCUCUUGUGAUCCAUUUCUGGAUCUUAGUUUGUUAUUUUCUGUGGAGAUGAUGGGGAGGCCACCUUGUUGUGACAAAGCAAAUGUGAAAAAAGGGUCAUGGACUCCUGAGGAAGAUGCAAAGAUUCUUGCCUAUGUUGCAAGCCAUGGGACUGGUAAUUGGACUUUGGUCCCUCAGAAAGCAGGACUCAACAGGUGCGGGAAAAGCUGCAGGCUGCGUUACACAAACUAUCUGCGCCCUGAUCUCAAACAUGACAGUUUCACCCCCGAAGAAGAGGCAUCCAUUAUUGAGCUUCACAAAACUGUUGGAAGCAGGUGGUCUUUAAUAGCAAGGCAUCUACCUGGGAGAACAGACAAUGAUGUCAAGAACUACUGGAACACAAAGCUGAAGAAGAAGCUCAAGAACAUGGGAAUUGACCCUUUGACUCAUAAGCCCUUUGCUCAGGUCUUUGCAGAGUUCGGGCGGCUGAGUAGCGGCCUCCCUUUGCUCAACAACACCCCCGCCAUAAAAACCGAGUCCCUUUUCGACCCAUCAGAACCCACAGAUGUUUCAAACCGCCACACUUAUUUUGCCGGCCCGGAAAUGAAUGCACAAUUCCAACUUUACCCUUUGUCCAUUCAACCUGAUGAUGGCAAUUUCACACCUUUUCAUUCUCCUUCUCCAUAUGAGCAAUUCCCAGCACCCAUUUCUUCUUCUUCUUCAUCUUCUUCUUCCUUGGCACCAUGGAAUGAGUUUAUACUUCAAGAUCCUGAGACAGAGGUGCAGAGACAGGAAGACGACACAAAUGAUGAUUUGCCUGAGAAGUGUGAGGAUAAUAAUGGGCAAACUUUCGCGAAUGAGGAUUCGUUUGUGGAGAACAUGUUGGCUCGCGACAGGGAAAUGCAGCUGGAAUUUCCUCAGCUUCUUGAUGACGGCUACUUCGACUAGUGAAUCUCUAUAUCUGCCAGUGCUUCUUCCAAUACCAGUGUUUGGUUACUAUGUAGAGGUGGAAAAGGAAGGGGGGAAAACAGCAAAUGCAUUGUCAACUGUCAGACACCAAAGUUCCUCUGGAUAAAGUUGUCAUUACACAUGACUGCAUGCACUUUCUAUGUUUUGAUUUAGUUGUCCACUUUUUGAAUUAGUUGUCAACUUUUCAUACUCCAUUUGUAGUAAACAAGUUAUGGUGAAUUAUCCACAUUAUCUUCUAGAUAACAUGUUAUAACUGGUAGCAUCAAUGAACAUAAACUCAUUUG